AAUUAUAAUAUAUUUUUAAAUAACUUGAGAUAAAUAAAAAAAUACACAAAAAAAUUAGUUAUAAUAUGUAUUUUUCGUUUUAUUAAAAUAAAGAACUUAUAUAUUUCAAAUGCACUUAAAAUAAGUAACUCUAGUUAUGGAAUCGUCUUGUCAGGAAUCAGUGAGCAAUAAACCAUCUUCAGAUAAUAAAGAAAAAAUUGAGAUAUUGUUGAAAGCGACUGGAAAUGCUCCAAUUUUAAAGACAAAAAAAUGGAUGGUUGAAAAAGAAAAAACGGUCGCUGCCAUAAUUGAAUUUUUGCGCAAACUGUUAAAACUUGAACCUACUGAUUCAUUAUUUUUAUAUGUCAAUCAAGCAUUUGCACCAUCACCUGAUCAAACUAUGAAGAAUUUAUAUGAUUGUUACAAUACUAAUGGUCGUAUAAUUUUACACUACUGCAGAACUCAAGCUUGGGGAUAAAACAUUUGUUACUUGUACAUUCAUAAUUUAUUUGUUAUUUUAUGUUUAUUCAUAUAUGGAAUAUUUAUUUUUAUAGAAUAAUUAAAUGAUUGACAUUUGAA